AUGUCUUCUCGUGUUAUUGCUACUGCUCUCCGUAGAGCUGCCACUAUGGCUCGUCCCUCUGUCAUGGCUGCUGCCAGACCUGCUUUCAGACAAUCUGCUCUCAAGGCUGCCACCAUUAUGCCUACCAUGCAAUCUCGUGGUAUGAAAACCUUGAACUUUGGUGGAUCUGAGGAAACCGUUUAUGAACGUGCCGAUGUUCCCAAGGAAAAGUUACUCGAGACCUUCAAGAACGACACUAUUGCCGUUCUCGGUUAUGGUCCUCAAGGUCGUGGCCAAGCCUUAAACUUGCGCGAUAACGGUGUUAAUGUCAUUAUCGGUCAACGUGAAGGUAAGACUUUCCAACAAGCUGUUGAAGAAGGUUGGGUUCCCGGUAAGAAUUUGUUCCCUGUUCUCGAUGCUGUUGAUAAGGGUACUGUUGUCAUGAACUUGUUGUCCGAUGCUUAUCAAAAGGAGAUCUGGCCUACCAUGAAGCCUCUUUUGACUCCCGGUAAGACUCUCUAUUUCUCUCAUGGUUUCUCUAUUGUUUACAAGGAUCAAACCAACAUUGAAGCUCCCGAAGGUGUUGAUGUUAUCCUUGUUGCCCCCAAGGGUUCUGGUUUCACUGUCCGUCGUCUUUUCCAAGAAGGUCGUGGUAUUAACUCUUCUUUCGCUGUUCAUAAGGAUGCCAGUGGUCAUGCCAAGGAGCGUACCAUUGCUUUGGGUAUCGGAAUCGGUUCUGGUUACAUGUACGAGACCACUUUCGAGAAAGAAGUCUACUCUGACUUAUUCGGUGAGCGUGGUGUCUUGAUGGGUGCUAUCCAAGGUUUGUUCCAAGCCCAAUAUGAAGUCUUAAGAGCCAAUGGUCACUCUCCCUCUGAAGCUUUCAACGAGACUGUUGAAGAAGCUACACAAUCUCUUUAUCCCUUGAUUGGUGAGCGUGGUAUGGAUUGGAUGUACUCUAACUGUUCUACUACUGCUAUGCGUGGUGCUCUUGAUUGGUGGAAGCCUUUCCAUGCUGCCUCCAAGCCUGUCUUUGAAGACCUUUAUAGAUCUGUUCGUGAUGGUUCCGAAACUGCUCGUUCUCUUGACCGUAACUCUCAAGCUGAUUAUCGUGAGAAGCUCGAGGCUGAACUUGCUGAAAUCCGUGAAUCUGAGAUUUGGAGAACUGGUAAGACUGUCCGUCAACUUCGUCCCGAAAACGCUGGCAAGAACUAA